UAAUCUAAGUAGCAACAAAGUCAGACCAACCAAAGUGCUAAAAAAAUUUAUUUGGAGAUAGGCUUAUAGGUAUCACACUCUUCACAUUUCUCAAAGAUAACAAUAAAAAAUGGCAGCGGUAGCAGCCACCGUGCUCCUCCCUCCUAGGAUUCCGACCACCACCAACGUUACCCGCUGCUCUGCUUUGCCUUGUCUCCCUCCUCGCCUCUCCACCGCCACCCCUGUGUUUUCACCUUCCCUCAAACACUUUUCAGAGUCCAGAAAAUCUUCUCUGCUUCAGACCAGAGCUUCCUCAGAGGAAACAUCUACUUCUGUAGAUGCUAAUGAGUUGUUCACAGAUUUGAAGGAAAAGUGGGAUGCUGUUGAAAACAAGUCCACAGUACUUCUCUAUGGUGGUGGUGCUUUAGUUGCUGUUUGGCUAUCUUCAAUUCUUGUGGGUGCCAUCAACUCAGUUCCCUUGCUUCCAAAGAUUAUGGAGUUGGUAGGGCUAGGGUACACUGGAUGGUUUGUCUACCGAUACCUUCUGUUCAAGUCUAGCAGGAAGGAGCUAGCUACAGAUAUUGAGGCACUGAAGAAGAAAAUUGCUGGAACUGAAUAGAACGAACGGUAUUGGCAGGUACCAAGUGAAGUUAAUCUUCCUUGAACAUCAUUUGUUUUUGUUUCGCUGUAUCUCUUGUAUAAGAGUCAUAUGUAUCGUUUGAUGUAGAAUAGAAUUCCUCUCAACCUCGAUUUCUCUUGUAUUAUCAACCCCAUUUCGUUGUUAAAAUAAUGUAGCAAAUUAUAUGUAUGUGGCUCUCAAUGGAAAAACCAUUACCUUUU